AUGGCGGUACCACAUGUGGAUGGCAUCGAAAACAAAUUGGAAAUCCCCAACGAUAUCGUGAAGGCAAUGGACGCCGAAUCGGGGUCCCAGCUCGACACAGGAGAUUCUGAAUACGUAAAUAAAUGUCGUGUAGUUAAUGGCGCGAUACAGGAUAUUGGGAUGGGGAAGCGUUUAUUCAUAGUAACUGGGUUUGGAUACUUCUCCGAUAACGCCUGGAUGGUAGCUAUCAAUUUGAUACUCCCUACCAUCACACCGGAGCUCACGUCAAGCUCACGCCUCCCAUAUCUCACACUUGGCCAGAACAUUGGAUUGCUGCUCGGUGCUGCAUUCUGGGGGAUUGCCGCUGAUAUCUGGGGACGGAACCUUAUUCUCUUUUUGUGGUGUAUUCUCCCGGGAUUACCCAAUGCUCAUCGGAAUGGGGGCGGCAUGGAUUCUUUCUUUCUUUGGUCAUUCGACGAGCUCACUUCCCUCGAAGAGUUUCUACCAGGAACACACCAGUACCUCCUUACAGUGCUCUCAAUUUGGUGGGCCUUUGGAAGAGGAAGAGACCUGGAAGCCAUCGCCGUUGUGAAGAAGGUUGGGGAGGUCAAUGGUAAAGAAGUACAGUUGAGUGUAGAUGCCCUCACACGCUCUGGAAGUUAUAUCGAGAAGGUCAAAAUCCGCCAGCCACACGAAAAUAUGGAUUACAUGGCAAAGGAGGGAGACGCACCAAUAAUCCCGACGAAAAGGAUGCCCACGGCCAAAUCAAGAACGUCAAGUGCUAUACUGAAUGCCAAAUCCCCUAUCCUUGGCUUGAACCACAUCAAGCCGCUUUUCGCGACGAAGAAGCUUAUGUAUUCGACGAGUUUGUUGAUUGUUCUCUGGGGGUUAAUUGGACUUGCAUUUCCACUAUACAGCUCUUUUAUCACAUAUUAUCUAGCCACGCGCGGUGCCCACUUCGGCGACGGAUCAACAUAUGUCACCUACCGUAAUCAAGUAAUUUUAGCUGUUGUUGGUAUUCCUGUCCUCACUGGUGUCUUUCUUCUCCUUUCUCUUACGUCUCGCUCAUCGCCUGCAUUGCUUGGAUGGAAUUGCGCUUAUGUUUUCACGUCCAAAGUCAUGUACGGUGUUUUGUACGCUCUGACUCCAGAGUUAUUGCCGACACGAGAAAGGGGCACAGGGAACGCAUUGUGUGCCAGUGCAAAUCGAAUGUUUGGUGUCAUGGCUCCUAUCAUAGCCCUUUAUGCCAAUAUCACUACGUCCGUGCCCAUCUUUAUAUCAGGGACCAUCUUUAUCCUCGCUGGACUUGUAGUACUUGCACUGCCUUAUGAACCUCGGGGUAAGGCCGCGCUCUAG